CUCACUCAAUUCCUGACUAAAUCGCACUUGCAAAAUGACGUUCAGGGAGGAGUUCCGUUCGAGAAACUUCAGUAUCUAUGGACAAUGGACCGGUGUGUUAGCCAUCAUCCUGUGCCUCGCGACUGGCAUCGCUAGCAUCUUCUCGUUCAACGCGAUUCGGAUUAUCUUCAGUGUCCUUGCUAUUGUUUCCGGUCUUGUUCUCAUAUUCGUCGAAGUCCCUUUCCUCCUAAGAAUAUGCCCUACAUCCCCCAAAUUCGACGAAUUUAUCCGACGCUUCACGACAAACUGGAUGCGCGCUUCGAUGUACGCCAUUUUGAGUGCCAUACAGUGGAUUAGUCUUGUAUCUGGCGCAUCCAGUCUGAUCGCGGCCGCCGUCGUUCUCCUUUUAGCAGGUCUCUUCUACGCGCUUGCUGGUCUGAAGAGUCAAGAGUUUACCAGUAGCAAAACCUUGGGUGGACAAGGACUCGCGCAGAUGAUUGUCUAGUAUGGAGGAAUAACUGGGGAGACUUGCUUUUGCUUUUUACUUUUUUCUUUUUCUUUCUCUAGUGCAGGAAACGGAGUAAAGAAGAGGAUGCAAGUUUCUACUUCGCAUUUAUGCUCGACGAUUACGAACUCGGAUCUGCUGUUCUUUACUACGU